UUAAACACACAACCACAGAACAAGAUAAUUUUCUUAUCCCUUAGGGUUGAGCUUCCUAAAGCACAAAGUAUUCAUCCUUCAGGAUUCAUUUUCUUUGAAUCUUAGCAACAAAAUACUCUUGGACUCAGAAACUAAGGAGAGAGACAGAGAGGAGGAGGGAGUGAGAAAGAAUGGACUCAUCCAAAUCAGCUGCAUCAGAAUGCACAGAGAGAGAAUGCUUCUCUUCCCAAGUGUUCUUAAGGACCAUUACUGGGGUGUCCAUCUUACUACUCAGUACCUGUUUUAUCACCAGAUGUGUUGUGACAUAUCACAUCUUUCAACGUUGUGAUGAGAAAAAUUUCCAGGCACCUGAUGAUCUUAUGGAGCUCUCCUGCGAUAAUGAUGGAUCAAAUUCAGUCAAGAAUUGCUGUCCAUUGAACUGGAUACAUUUUCAAUCUAGCUGCUACUUCUUUUCUACUAACGUCAUGUCCUGGACUGCAAGUUUAAAAAACUGCUCAAGCAUCGGAGCUCAUCUGGUGGUUAUUAACACGCAGGAGGAGCAGGAAUUCCUUUUCCAUGCAAAACCUAAGAGGAAAGAGUUUUAUAUCGGACUGACGGACCAGGUGAUUGAGGGUCAGUGGAAAUGGGUAGAUGGUACCCCUUUCACAAAGUCUCUGAGCUUCUGGGAUAUAGGGGAGCCCAACAACAUAGUUAGUGUGGAGGACUGUGCCACCAUAAGAGACUCUUCAAACCCAAGGCAAAGUUGGAAUGAUGUGCCCUGUUUCUUCAAUAUGUUUCGGAUUUGUGAAAUGCCAGAAAGAAAUAUUUGAACAAAGAAAAAACCCCAAGAUAGAAGGCACAACUUAAAUGUAUAAAUGAAAAAGGAACAAGAGCAUCGUAAGCGCAGCCACACAACUCUGAAAAGUGUGCAUUGCACUUUAUAAGGACGUCUUAAGUGUUUGUUGCUUUGAUACAAAUAAAAAUAAGUAGUUUUGACUAUUAUAACUCA